AUGUCGGCGGGCGCGCGCGAGAGGGAUUCAGAGGAGAUGCUCCCGGCGAGGAGGAAGAGCGGAGCGGGGAUGCUGAAACUGGCGGCGGCGGUGGCGAAGAAGAAGAAGAAGCAGGAGGAGGAGAGAAAAUCGGCGGCGGCGAGAGCAGGAGGAAUAGCAGCUGCCUACGGUUCCCGCUCGCUGCUCCUGCCAGCCCGCGUCCUUUAA